AUGAAAUUUCGGGAAUCUAACGUGACAUUUCCCUGCUUGGAGGGCAGCGUGCUGGUGCGAGCAGUCGGCCAAAACGGCGACUUCAACCUCAACUUCGCCGCGUGGGACAGAAUCGUCGGCGACUGGGCCGCGGGGCGCGUGGAGAUCGAUUACCGCAGCGUGGACUGCCCUAGCAACGGCGGCCUGAAGGUCAGAUUGGUCGACGAUAGCAACUCGUACAACUUCGCGCUUCAGAUUCUCGAAGCGGCAGGGAGCGGCGGCAUGGAGAGCGUGGAGCUGUCGAACGACGGGUCGCAGUGGGCGAGCAUGACGACGUACGGAUGGGGCGCCACGUGGGUGCUGAAUCCCGCCAAGGACGUCGUCGAUGCGGGGCGCCCCGUGAGCGUGCGCGUGACGGGCGGUGGGAGCCAGGUGGUGUUGCAAGACGUCAUUCCGAGCGACUGGAGUGCCGGGACGACAUACGAGAGCGGCACCAACUUCUAA